CUUACAUUCACUAUGACACGUUGGUGGUUUCGAUAGCGUGCCAGUGAUUGAUACCCGUUCGUUGAAGUAACAUCAAAUUCAAUACUUUUUUUAUUCAAGCUAAUUUUAAUCUUUCAUCAAACAAUUCAAAAUAAUCGAGGAAAUAAAGUAUAAUUAUCUUCUAUUAAUCUAAUCUAAUAAUUAUUGUUGUCUUUAACGGCUUCAGGUAGUCAUGGCUUGUUGUCCAUCAAUUUCUAUCAUAAAAAUAUUACAAUUUAUAGUUGUAUGUUGUAUUUUUGGUCUCGAUAUCCAUACAAAAAGUUAUUUAGAGCCUAAAAAUGGUAUAAAUGGUACUCUUUUAAAUGAAUUAGUUGAUGAAAUUUCCAAUGACAACAUAACAAUUCCUUAUUUAAAUAUUAAUAUAAAUGCUCAAUCAAUACCAACGGAGUAUAUUUCAACCGGUACAGUUGUCGCAUAUUUGAUUAUUAUAUUCGUAUCAUUUAUCAGCGGCUUAUUCACAGCACCUAUUAGUAGACUCGCUAAUGUCACCUUUUGUAUAAUUGGAGCUUUUCUUUUUGUCGUAUCUGGAUCUCUGCUUAUCAACGAUUUCCGUUCCAUCAGUUUUGAAAGUAUUAAACAGAUAGAUUAUAAAAAAUUAUUAGAAGAUUUACGUAAUUUUAAUCUUGCAAGAGGACCAUUAUGUAUUUUAGCAGCAUGUUUACUUCUCCUUGAUGCUCUUUGCAGUUUUCUACCUUGUUAAUUAUUUUAACUAUUGUUAACUAAUAUUUUUUAAUUUAAGUAAUAAAUAUUUAUUAUUUAA